UGGUACAAAUAUAUAGCCUAUAUACCUAACUUCUCGCCGUGCAGUGUUGUACGACUUUACGACUUUUUUUGGCUGUCGCGGAUCUGCCGAUAGACGCAUUGCACGUACGGUAACAGCGUAGUUACGCAGAGGUCGAGUUAUUCCUUGAAAGAUGGCGGCGCCGAGUGGAGUGCCAUGUGCGGAUAUUCAACUUUUUAUGGAAAAGUUGAAGGAAAGGCGACAAACUGAUGACAGAAUCAUUCAUGAACUAAACUCAUUAUUUCCAAAAGAAGAAUUUGCAGGAAAAGUCAAUUUCACUUCACAAUGCAAAGAUUUAUAUCACACGAUGAGAACUGGCCACUCUGGCAGAAUAAAUGACAUCACAGCAUGUAUCCAAGAAACAGCUGACAAAGCAAAAAAUUUGAAGCAGCAAAGAGAUAAAGAUCCGGAGAAUUAUAAAAUAUCAAAGAAUUUAAGGAAAGAACAAGGAAAUCUUCGUCUCUUCCAACAAGAACUCAAUGUAGAAGAAAUUGUCUGGGAACGAGCGGAGAAGGCUUUUUAUGAAAGAUGUAGAACGUAUUACAAGCCGGACUCUUGACGAAAAGCAAGAUGGCUAAUUUAUGGACACAAACUUGUGAUUAAACUUUUUAUAAAAUCAUGCCAAUUGAGUUCUGACUGGUUUCACAUAAUUUAGAGUGCAGUGGAUAUAAAAAUAUCAGCUGUUUUAGGAAAACACAGAAUUGUGAUAAAAGCAUUUUGGAAGACACCAGUCCUAAAUGAAUUUUCCUAAUUUUGACUGGUUGCACUUUUUGAUGGUAAGUUUGCUGAAUACUGUUAGAUUUCAAAUUUCUGAAUAUACUGGCUUUAUUUAUAUAAAUAAAUGAACAACUACUUAUAAGAUUUUCAUGCCACUUUUUGAAAUUACAACCCCCAUUCUGCAGAUUAAAACUGCUAUAUGCAAAUGCUUUAGCGACCAUCUAAAAAGCUCACCUCAUGUUUAGAGGUUGGCAAUCAUGGCCAUAUAUCUACUUUGGGCCCUUGUUUGGACUUUUUCUAGCCAGUGUGUGCUAUUUUGUUUGUUUUUGUUACCUAAUCGCUGGCCACAUAAAUGAUUUCAAUAAAAAAAUAUUGUGAUA